AUGGAUCCCGAUACUCCUUCACAACCAAUUUCUUCACCUUCAAUAUGGCGCUGGGUUGUGGGCUUCCUCAUGGUCGGAGCAUGCUGGGGACUCACCACUCCGUUCAUGAGAAAAGCUGCCGUUGCCAGGGACAAGCAGCCACAAGUAACACGGCCAUACUUGACGAGUCCCAACACGCCCUGGAUAAAGAAGAAAUUUUGGGGAGUGCUAUACGCUGUCAUUGAUUUGCUGAAGAAUCCGAGCUACGCUAUACCAUUGCUUUUGAACGUCACCGGCAGCGUCUGGUUCUUCCUCUUGAUUGGUCAAGCUGAAUUGAGUCUAACGGUACCGAUCACGAAUUCUCUAGCAUUCUUAUUCACCGUGCUGGGGGAGUGGUGGGCGGAUGGUAAGGUUAUAUCGAAAGACACCUGGUUAGGCAUGGGAUUUGUCUUAGGAGGCAUUGCGCUUUGUGUACAUUCUAAGACAAGGUAG